AUGGCCGGAGACCUCCCCACGCAUCGCCGCGCCUGGCGCCGUACUGACGAUUACGCCCCCGGCACUGCCAAGGUCAACCUCGUCACCGAGCCCCUGCCUCUCCCACUGGCCCCAACCCAGGUUCUUAUCAAGGUCCACGCCGUCGCACUCAACUACCGUGAUGCCAACAUCGCCAACGGCGGCAACCCAUGGCCCGUCAUCCCUCACGGUGUCCUAGGUAAUGACGCCGCAGGCGAGAUUAUUGCCGUGGGCGAUAAGGUCAAGGCCUUGCGCGUUGGUGACCGUGUAAGCCCCGUAACCGACACGGAAUUCGUCACAGGGCGCGAGACCGGCCGGUCAUGGCUUGCUGCCAAUGAGGAUGGCGUGCUCGCGGACUACUUGGUGUUCGAUGAGCAUUUGAUUGCCAAGGUCCCUGAGCAUUUGGAUUGGGUCAACUGUGCCAUUUUGCCGUGCGCUGGGACGACAGCUUGGUCUGCUAUCAAGGGCCUAACGAUCGGCCAGAGUGUGUUUAUUCAAGGAACCGGUGGUGUUUCCAUGUUCGCCCUGAAGCUCGCACAGGCUGCGGGACUCAAAGUCAUCCUGAGCUCAUCUAGUGAUGAGAAGAUCAAGAAGAUUCAAGAGUCUUUCCCCUCCGCGCCCAUAUACGGCGUCAACUAUAAGAAGAACCCUGAUUGGGAGAACGAGGUUCUUAAGCUCACAAAUGGAGCUGGUGUCGAUUUGACCAUCGACAAUGGAGGUGCCCCAUCAUUAGUAAAGAGCGCGCUGUGCACUCGUCGCGGUGGUACUGUCAGCCAGGUAGGGUACCUGGGCAAACAAGACCCUAUCCACCUUAAGGAUUUUGUCUCGACCAUCAUUGACCGACGAACAAAUGUUAGGGGUAUCAACGCCGGAUCAAGACUUGACAUGGAAGAUAUGGCUGCGGCAAUCUCGGCUACCGGUCUUACUUUUGAUGAUAUUAUCGACACAGUAUAUGACUUUGAGAAGGCGGAGGAGGCGCUUCAGUACCUCUGGGAGGGUAAACAAGUUGGAAAGCUGGUUUUGAAACUGUAG